CUCUCUGGACAAGCGGAAGAUGCGACAGUUUCUAUUUACGGGCUUCAAUGCAUUUGGGCAGCAUAAUAUCAACAAAAACAACAACAGUUGUCGCACUUCCGGUCCCGUUGUUGCCUUAACCGAAAUAUGUACUCCACGCGACAGCAAUGAGUACCCAAUGAUAAUUGCUCCAUGCUGGCGUUACACGGCUUAUGCUGUGGGUCAAAGGCUAUUUCUGCAAGGAUUGUUCGACUCACAGCCGGGGGAAUGCCUGGAAGUGGAGGCAGCUGUGAGGAUUAAAGCACUGGCUGCCUGUGACAACCAUUGCCUGGUGCUGCUGCAGAAUGGCGAGCUCUUCAAGCUGGCAGCCAAGUUACGGGCGCAACUGGUGCAGAUCAAAUUGGAAAAUCCUCCAAUUGCAGCAGCCACCAAGCGGACUAUUUUUGGAGAUGCAAAGAGAAUUGCUUGUGGGUCGCCAGGUGAAAUUACUCACAUUGCCUGUGGCUCGCACAUCAAUGUGGCCAUCAGUGCUGGGAAUGCCAUCUACAGCAUACCCAGUUGCCUGCACCAGUUUCCGGUGCGUCAGUGGCGAGUGCAGCAGCUGGAAUGUGGAAAUGAGCAUGCCAUCUUGCUCAACGGCAAUGGAGAUGUCUACAGCUGGGGCAACGGCCUGCGCGGCCAACUGGGUCACGAGGCAUUGGGCGUGCAAGAAACGCCUCGACUCAUCGACGCGCUUGCCGGCAUUAAGAUAACACACAUUGCCGCUGGUGGUUGGCAUAGUGCGGCAAUUUCAGCAUUUGGCGAUCUCUAUACGUGGGGCUCCAAUUGCAAUGGUCAGCUGGGUAUGCGCGUCCUGAAACCCGGUGGCUUGCUAAAGGAGCCCACGGUUUAUCCACUGCCUCAGCUGCAUGAUUUGCCCGAAUGCUGUGAAGCUGCUCAAGAUGCGGAUGCUGAUGCUGUCUGCUCACCCUUAAGGAUAUGUGCUGGCUCGCGGCACACGCUGCUGGUGCGCAGCUGUGGUCGGGUUUGGGGCAGUGGCUGGACAAUCCAUGGUCAGUUGGGCAAACAGCUCGAAAAACGGACAUAUUUGGACAAAUUCGAAGCCAUUUACGAUGCACCUGCAAAUUACGAUUAUAAUGUGAUUUGUGGUCCUUGGGCCACAUUAAUUAUGUUGUCUAAGUAAAUACGUAUUUUUAUGUCUUAAAA